AUGCUGUCAGGAUCAAGAGAGCGAGCGAUGUCCCCUGACCAGUUUUCUGCUAGUCCCCCUCCACGAUCCGUCGCCGCACCGACCCUGGAAGCCCCGGUUCCCAAUUUGAACCCGCACACCGAGCCACCUACUACACCUCCUGUGUUCCAUGGAUUGUUAGCGAUGGACAUCACAGAUGAAGACGUCAAGCCGAUCAUCGUAGAUAGUCUGACGCCACCAAAGAGCGGCCCCAAAUCGAGUGUGAGUAUAGAUGUCGCGAUCAAGGCGCGAUCGGGACUUUCUAGUGCACCUCGUCCAAAUGAUCGAUCUUUCCUACCAGGCCCGUAUGAUCCGACAGAAGACCGAGCUCCAUCCAAGAGUGCAACCCUCGCCUUUAGGCGCUCCUCUCUAGACAGCUGCAUUUCAAAAUCAUUGGUGCCAUACCAAGGGAGCUUUUCACAGUACCCAGAGCUUGCAAAGAAACGCCGCCACACGCUGCACGGAACCACUCGAUACAACUGUAACGAGUGUCUAGUGGGCUUUCGACGCAAGGCGGACUGGAUACGCCACAUGGAGAACGCGAAGGCACAUAAAAGUCCGGCGUUCCAGUGCGACAGAUGCAAACGGUGCUAUAGCAGAGAAGACGCGCUCGCUCGGCACGUUCGGGUUGCGUGUCGGUCAAGGCGGUCAUUAUGGGAGGAGUCCGACGUGAACGGCGAGAAGAGGGAGCGAAGGGAGCGGAAGGAGGAUCGUGAGUCUUGA